AUGCCCAAACAAUUGACAAGACUUCCUCGUAGUUGUAGCUUCACGGAGAAAUCCGAAGGGAAUUCAGAUGACAGAGAUUUAAAUUCUCGCCCUAUUCUGGCAAGACCUAUCAAGGAAGAAUAUACUUCAUUUAUUGAAGGUCCAACGUGCAUGGAAGAAGAUGAAGCUUUGCUGGUCCUGAAGAAGUAUUUUGUUGAUGGAAUGUCAAUGGGGGAAGCUGGAAACCGUGUUGAGAUGCCAAGGUCAACAGCCGGUCGGUUGAUAAGACGUAUAAGAAAAAGACUCGACCUACUAGCUAAAAGAGAACGUAUGCACAAAUAUGCUAGUCUAGAAUAA